GUGGUGUGAAUUGAAACUGACUGGUCAUGGGGGAUGCUGCCGCGCCGUGUCGCUCUGCCCAAUGCGCAGGUGUCGGUGGGUGGAGUGUAGCGACCACUUUCCGCUUGUCGCGCGCGCUCCUCCAAUUUCCUGGGCAGUGAGUGACGGCAACUUGAUGUUGCGCCAAGCAAUGCAGUGGAGCCAGCGGCAGUCGUUUUCAUUCCACAGAUCGCUUACGCAAAAGCCAGGACAAUACAGUUCAGUGCACAAGGCAUGUGAGCUUUGCACAGUACCCGAGUCAGAUUGUGUUGGACGCGGUAACGCGUAAAGUGUUGAACAGUCGCCAAGGAUACAGUAAAAUGAAGAGGCAGUGGGUUU